AUGUGGUUUAGUGAUGUAUACGAUAUCGCAUUAGGUUUGGGGAACUCCGUCCCACAAUAUUUGUGCAUAUUCUUAUCGACAUUGCUUGUUUUGACGCCUUUCUCUUCUGUUGACGCUGUUCAGGAAUUCACCGUUUAUCGCGCCCAACAAUACGAUUUCCAAGGUGUUCGUAUUGGUAGUCGAUUGUCGUCUGUAAAUUGUGAAGCCCAAACACAAAGCAAUAAAAUAGUUGGUCGGAAUUGCCUUCUUUUACGGUUAGCAGAAGUGACAGUAGAUAUUAUCAAAGAUGCCAUUUACCACAAAGUUGCUGGAAUUAUAAUUAUUCUACCAUCCUAUCCGUGGUCACAAGCAUUAAUAAAUCAUUUUAUCCAUGUAGAAAAGGAGCUAUUAACUGAUGAAUUUCAAAUCCCUAUCUACUUUACUUUUAACAGUUCAUCAGUACAGGAAGUAUUUGAACAGGUUAGUCAACUCACUAGGUCCAAUACACAGAGCUCAGGGUUAUCUGCCUUAACUCGAGCGAUAUCGUCAACUGGGUACCGAUUGUUAACUGGAUCACCAGUACCAAAGCCUAUAGCUGAUAAUUAUGUGUUAAACAUAGAGGGUCGUCUUGGGAAAGAGAGUGCUAAAUCCACUAUUAUUAUUUGUGCACAUUAUGAUACGAUUUCAGCAAUCCCUAGUUUGGCUUAUGGAGCCGAUGCAAAUGGUAGUGGUGUGGUUAUCUUACUGGAACUUGCUCGUCUAUUAUCACGUCUCUACGUAAAUGAAGCUAAUAAGUUGCCAUAUCAAAUUGUUUUCCUUUUAACUGGUGGUGGAAAAUUCAACUUUGUUGGUUCCAAACGAUGGCUUGAUCAAAAUAUUGAAGAUUCUGUUGGCUUAACUCUUUUGGAUUCUGUUGCACAAGUGAUCUGUUUGGAAGGUUUAGGUUCACCGAAUUUUGGUCAAAAUAUUUAUGCACAUGUAUCUAAGCCACCAAAAGAAGGUUCAUUUUUAUAUCAUUUUCUUAAAGCUUUAAAUGUGGCCAGUCAGUUACAUUCAUUUCCAAAUGAGGUAUUACUUUACAAUCAUCAUCAAUCACCAAAUAAUAAUGAAUCCAACAAUAAUACCAUUCAAAUGAUUCAUAAAAAAAUCAAUUUAAAUCAAGAAAUUUUAGCAUGGGAACAUGAACGUUUCUCUAUACAUCGUUUACCUAGUUUAACAUUAUCUAAUUGGCCAUCUGUACAAAUUGCAAAUCACUGGCGUCAAACAUCUUUAGAUGGUAUUCAUAUUAUCAAUAAGAAUAAUAAUAAUAAUCAUAUAUCAAUGGAUCUUUCUAAUCAAACUACUCUACAUUAUGGUACUGUUCAUUCAGCUGUAUUAGCUCGAAAUACUCGUGUUAUUUUAGAAGCUCUACUACGUGUUCUAUAUGAUAUACAUUCAAAUCAGUCAAUUAUCAUGAAUAUUUCACCAAUUGUUGAAUCUCAUUGGUCUAAUGAAAUCACAACAAGUACAUUAUUAGAUUUAAUUACUAAAACUCCUCGAAGUGCACAAUAUUUAACUUCCAAAUGGAUUACACAUUAUAAAUCUAUGGAAUAUAUCACUUCAACAGAUCGUAAAGAUUCUUUCAUCAAUAGAACAAGUAUUAUUAAAGAUUUAGAAUAUUAUUUAUCACAAAUGAUUGAUGAUGUUCAUUCAAUUCAAUAUUCAUUAAAUGAUGAAACUAUUAAAUCCAGUGAUAAAACAUCAUCUUCUAAUCAUAAAAAUAAUCGUAUAAAAAGUAAUACUCAUUUAGAUUCUAGUGAAACAGAAUUCAAUUCAAUACCAUCAAUGAUUAUUACAUCAUUAGCAGCAUCUACAGAAAUAGAUGUUAUUUUAUAUACUGAUAUAAUUCCAUGUAUUAUGUCUGUUCAUAGGUCUACAUCUAUUGAUCAUGAAUAUCAAUUGGAUACUUUCAAUCUAACUAUUAGAUAUCCUAUUGAUCUCUAUCACAAAUGGUUAAUAGCUGUUCAUGAAGUGUAUUCAUGCCAAAUUAUAUUUUGUAAACUGCACUUUUGAAUUCAGGAAGGUAAAUGUUGAAUAUAAACUUAAUUUGAUCAAGUCACUUAUGAUUAUUAUUAAUCACUAAUAACAUUUUUAUUUUACAUUAUUGUCAAGGUUAUUACGAUUGAUUAAAUCAUGCUUUAUUUUCACUAUGUUCUCAACCCCCCAUCACUUCCUCCUCAACACAAAUUGUCUCUGGUUAUUCCUUGUUGUUUCCCGUGCUUGUCUAGUAUUGAAAAUCAUCGUAAUGAUUUCCAGAUCAACUGACUGUUAUUCACUGAAAGUACUUGAGAAAUGGAACAUAACACUGUAAGUGAUUUCCUUAGAGAAAAUCAAUCAUUCACAGUUUUCAUGAUGACAGAAAUACAAUAAUGAGUAGUAUAUAUAAGUGUGAAAUACUGUAUAAGUGUUUAAGUGUAUCUUUAUUUACAAGAGCAUGUUAGUUACCUUUCAGCAUUCAUGUGGUGGCUCGAUGUUAAAUUAUUAAGUCUUUUGUUUUUAUUCAUAUUACGUGAUCUAGUAUGAUAACCUCACUAUUACAUUACUUCAAUUAUUCCUCACGAAACCAGUACAUUUAGAGAAAUGUUCUUCAUAUCUAUAUGCAAGUAUACAGCUUUAUAAUCAGUCCCUCCGAAAGAGAUCUAUUCGUUGAAAGUCGUGUUUUUAAAUAUUACCAAUUGGUUUGGUUCUUGAAAGUAAUCGUUUUUCGAUGUGGGCAGAACAACUGGUUGUUACUUCGUGGUUAGCGGAAUAUAUUCUGAACUGUUUGACUGCAUUUCUUGAUGUUGCCCCACCGUUCUUUUAGAUUGAACCUUCAAUUCAGGGACAGUAGCUGCGAUCUAUUUAAAGAACCUGCUUUGGUUUUAGAAAUUAGGUGUUAUGGCAACCUACACAGAAAUCAAAUGAUCAGUAUCAAUGAAAGAAAUAUUCUCGGUUGAAAUGUCAUUCGGUUGCAUUUGAUCACAUUACGAAGUGGUUUGUUGCGAUAUAUAAGCGUUCAAACUGUAGCUAUAGCAACAUCUUAAGUUCGGGUUGGUACUUGAUCUGCUACAUUUGAGUGGCGUUUCCAUAGAUAUAUCAGCUGAGCAAUCACACUUUUGAAACAAUAAUCAUGAAAUUUAUUUCUGAUGUUGAUUUAUAUGUUUCCUUAGCAUACUACAUCAACAAUCCCUGUAAUAAUGAAAAUAAUUUAAUGUAUAACCGACCAUGAUAGACAAUUUGGCAACCUAGAACUGUUAAUAAACUAUUCAGAACCGUAAUGAUAGCGGAUGUCUCAAAAAUGAUAAUGAUAGUGAAACAUGAUGUGCUACGAACUAACUCCACAACUGACUACUUGAACGAGAAAGUAUGUUUGGCUAACAAAUUAGAAGCAAAAUUACUGAUAAAUAUAUACAAUUAUAUCGCUCUGCAUAAUAACCCAUAUCAUAGCCUACGAAAUCCAGUUGUCCUUUAUAUAUUCAUUCUGAUUAUCAUCACUUGACAUUCUCGUCAGGCCACAAGUCCCACAAAUUUGAGAGAAACUGAUUUGUCUAGUUGAUUGCUGAUUGGUGUUUAUCAAGUCGGAUUAUAGAAUGUCAACAAAUGUUCUCGUUCUUUCUCUGUUCUCAAGGGUGAAUAUCCUUGUUCGUAUUGUAGCUGUAAUAAAUAUCAUAUUAUUGAAAGACGUCCUGAGAUUCAUAAUCUGAAUAUUACACACUCACAUAAGUAUAGUUCGAGUUGUGGAGUACUAAUCGGGUAUGUACCCUAACGAAUGUUCAUGCAAUCCAUAAGAAUAUAUGGUGAACAGUUAAAAUUUCAAGAGGAUACUACUGAAAUCAUAAAUAGAUAGCUUGAUCGGAGUCGAAAUGGUUGCUCUUAAACGAGCAGCGUUCUUGAACACAACCAUGCCAACUGUGCUGAUCGCAUUGUGAUCGACCUGUGUCCUGGUCCGAGAUGCAGAGGAAGGGCACUGGGUAGGUUAUCGACCACAAAUUUGUCAGUAGUUAUUGCAGUCCUUGAUCAGUAUUAGUCUACGCACCUUUUCAGAAAAUGGUCAGUGGUAUCUGACUUGCGACCAACAAGUCCACAAUGGACACCAGAACGACUCUCUUCUGUGCAUAGACACACGACGUGAGCACUUAGUUCUCCGGCUAGUACUACAACGUCUGUCGAACGCACGUUUUGGAUUGUCGAAUUUUAACUCUCCAGAAUUUGAUCUCAACACUCUGAAUCAACCUAUCAUCUAAAGUCAUGAAGACACAUAUGUACACCAAAAAUGAUGCUACAUGAACAGUUGUUCCACACAUUUCGACUGAUGAUUUGUUCAACAUACAUUUCAGACUAUCACAAAUUCUGGACGCUACUAGAGUUCAGUUGAGAAAGAAGUGAUUGACCUGACUUUAAGUCUUAGCAGGUUUAGCAUAGUUUUUCAUCAUUUUGAAACUCAAAUUUCCCACAGACAAAUAUAUAAGAGAGAAAUGUGCAACUGGUCUUACUGUGAAAUAGAUUUUCGUCAUACACACGUUUUUCUAUCUGAACUCGACGCUAGUUUUCAUGUUACGCAAAACGACAAAGUCUGAAACGCAUGUUCCACGGAAUCUAGUUCGCAACAGUAAGACUUGGUCACUAAAUAAUUGAUGAAUCUAUAGGCUGUAGUCGCUAAAAGCAGAAUUCUCUAGUGGCUUGGUGUUUGAAACAUUGAAAUAUUAUUUUACAAUAUGAUUACAAAGAUAGUUUUACGGCUUAUGUUUUCAAUGUACAUUGAGUUUUCAGUUGUUGUGAUAUAUCCAUAACAGUUAGUAUUGCUUCAGAUUGUCCAGAAUUUAAAGGCUUCCAAAGGUGUAUUCCGUUAGUCAAGUCCUGUUUAAUCUAUUUCACACACUUUCGACGCAACCAUUAAGCAGCUUAAUUCAUCUCGACAAUUUCAUCUCACAUUCACGAACAAACGCUCAUUUGUUGGCCAAUGAAACAUAAGAUACAACCAACGCAAUGCAAUAGUACGUGUGUGAUAUAUUAUAGCAAGAAAUCAAACGGGUCACGUCAUAUGAGUAAGCUGACUAGAUGAACAUUAGGGAAUCAAGUGAAAAUGAGAUCACACGCACUCAUUUUACGUGAUCGUUGGUGAGCGUGAACUAAUGAUCAGAUUCAUGUUCACUCAAAAUACCACAAUGAUAAACUGCGAAAAACAACUGGUUGAGCACCAUGCGCUGUAUCAACGUAAACAUCCAGGUUGAGAUACAAUCAAGAGAAUAUCAUGAGGAUAUUUUGUAUGCUAAAUAUGAUUGCAGGUUUCGUCAAAAUGAUUUUAUUUAGAAUAUCAAUACAUACAGUAUCACUAUGAAAUUUGUGAAGUGCAAUGGUUCGUGCCUCGUCAUUUGUACUCAACGUUGAGGAUAAUACUGCAAACUGCAGUUCACAAUGUCAACAUGAGUAAUGUUGUGUAUAUAUGUUAAUUAAUAUUGACCAGAUAUCCAUUGACAGAUAUCACUUUAUGACUUGUUACUGAAACAAUGGAGAAUAUCGAUUUCUUGUCAAGUAUUCAAAUAGAAAAUUCGAACGUGUGAAACACGUCUGAUGUGUACAAUGCGAUUAACCAGUCUGUAGUAGUUCAUCACGGGCUAAACAAAAUAAGCAAUGAGGGUGAAACAAAUUUACCCCACUCUAAAAUUUUUAAAAUCGUAUUUGUUUCUACAUUAAACUUGUCCACUUCAUAAAGAUGUUUCUAUGUGCUGUUUAAUGAUUGUUGUUGUUUGAACAAAACGUUGAAAGUCUCAACAAUAUGCCAUAUCAAAGUAUUGGCCGAGUAAUCCAAAUAAACAACAACCGUUAUAAGAAAAUCACAACACGACCGAUUCAAAUACCUUUACCCAUCAUCACGUUUACCUAUUAUUUACUCAGUGGGAGAUAUGAGAUAUAUUGUCUAACUGUUGAGCGUUAGAUACUCACUCUUCAUGCUAAUUUUAUGUAGCUGAGAAUCAAGUCAUUUGGAAUGGAUUGCACAAUCGGCUAUUUGUUUGAAUAUUCACUAUAAAGAUGAAGAAUGCUUAAUGGGAUCCCUCCAACUGAAAUAGUCCAGAUGCAUCGUGACAGUAUUCAGCUUUUCAAAUUUUAAAUUUUCAUCUGACAGAUCAUGCAGAGAAUAUACAUCAUGUUUAUGAGAAUAAUCUGUAAUGAAAUAAAUAAAGAUUUUCAAAUUACCUGAAGAUUCAUCUGAUGCGUUUUCGGGUUCAUAUGUGUUGCUUAUCUCAAAUGAACUGGUUACUCUGAGAAACAACAAUGACGACUUGAACAAUUUUGUGUUUUCCUAUGACAUAUAGUGAAUAAUCACGCUUAUAGAGUACAGACGAAUCAUUAUCGUCUGGUUCAAACUAUUUUCAACACUAUUCUUAGAUUGGAAUUAAGCAUUCAAAGAAAACAUUUGGUCAAAUCGGUGGUAUUGUGAUAUAAAGAUUGAAUGUAACUAAUCUUGCAACUUUUUUAGGAUUAAAAUGCACUAAGUGAUUAUAUUCCACAUAAAUACUGUUAACGUUACGGCCCUUCGCUACGUUGAUGAAAAUCAGUGUCAAAUAAACAUUGCAUACAUACACACACGUAUAUGAAUGAUAAAUUUUCAGAUAAAGGGUAGUAUUAACUGGUGACCUAAUUAAAGAAUAUUGAGGACAGCACAUGUUAUUUCCUUAUACUUCACAUUACAGAUUGGUCUGAGCUGAACACCCACCUGACAUUAAAAUGCUUUUGACUGUCUUUUUAUUUAAACAUCAGACUCAUGAAAGACGCGCAUCGAAGGCCUCAAUGAUGGUCAGAAUGUUUCAUUGUUAGGCGUUGUGGGAAGCGCUUAACCCUUUAAAGUAUUAUCCGAUAUCCUACAGUUUGCAUGUUAUUCUCAGUCAGUUUUCUCUGUUAGAAUAAUCACAAAUAAAAUUUACAAAUGUAGAUUAACUUUUAUUUAAGUUUGUAAAGAUGAGUAUGACUAUCUCGCUGAAAAACACUUGAAAUUCGUCAUCAGCUUCUCUUUUAUAUAUUGACAGUUUUGUUCACAAAAUUUGAUGGGAGACAUCAGAAAGUAAGACAAAUGAUAUCUUCUUAUUCCAGGCCUUUCAUGAUCUACUCCAUGGAUAGGAGACGUCUAUGAAUAACAACUAGAAGAAGAAAUCAGGUAAUCACUUCAAUACGUCACGAGGUUCUGGACUAAAAUAAACACCACCACAAGGAAUGGAUAACUAUUAAUACACUGAAUGAGAUUUAAGAAAGGAGGAAGUAGAAAGCAGCAAUCAAUGCCAGCUGAACAAGAGCGGAGAAAGACAAAGCUGAAGCAGAAUACACAGAAGUUAACAAGCAGGUGAAGAGAGGCAUCAGAAAAGAAAAACAUCAAUAUGUGGAGUAUCUAUCAAUGACGGCGAAAAAGGCUGCAAUAGAAGUAAACAUGAGUCAAUCGUCUGACUUACCAAAGAAAAUCACUGGAAAUUUUCGGAAACCAGAACGACCCGUGAAAAACUAGGAGGUCAAAGUAAUCACGAACAUCGAAGUACAGCCAACGCUUCAAAGAACUCACGAAUCGACUAGCUUCACUGAACACACACGAUAUCGAAGUAGCAUCGGCGGACCUCCUAAUGAAUGUUGGCCCACCAACAAUAGGAGAGAUCAAUAUGGUCAUCAAUGUAGUAAGUGUUACGUUCAAGCUUUUGCUUGUUCCCGUUAUUGAAGUACGGUAUAUCGAUCUAAUGGCAAUUUACGAACCAAAUUAACAAUGGAAGCAAACACCAAUUUAGGUACCAAAGUUUAUUCGCGAUUUACAAAUAGUCUGCCCAAAUGUCCUCCACUUCGUAUGUUCCCACAGCAAACAGUACGAAAUGCCGAACGAAAGACAAAGAGAAAUAAAAAUGUCAAAAAUAAUGAUAUAAGCAAACAAUUUCGGAAGUUAAUUAUGACUUGGUUUUCACUGUGGCCAGUUUAUAAGUGAAAUCAGAUUGUGAAAUAAUUAUUGAUUAGAAUAAAUAUGGUCAACCUGGUAUGAGAUUUAGUCAUAGAAUAGUGCAAUUUGAAAUCAGAAAUAGUGUAAUAUGAAGAGUAAUAUAACUUUAUGGACGCGUGAACUUCAUUGAAUCGCUCAAACGUUUCUACCAAGCCAUUAUGACCAUUAUGGAAGAUAAACGUGUCGUGCACGUGUCAGCAGUAAAACGAAACUUGUCAAACUGUUGCGUUAACUAACCAUUUUCUAGUUUAUAGGGAAAAAUGUCAGUGAGUUCAUCGUCAGCCUCCUUGUAAUUUUUUCACUUAAAAUACUUCUGUAGAUAAAUCAACUAUAAUUAAACUGAUAGCAAAAUUUCAACUAUAUUGUUACAGACACGUUGUGCUUGUUCAAGCUGCUUAACCUAAAACAACAGUCUGCUAACAGAUGUUAAAAAAAAUACUCAAAAUGUGGAGCUAAUAACUUCAGAGCCAAUUGAUCGCAUCCGUCCAGUGCGUUUUCUGUGAUAAACUUAAUGUCCAGUUUGGUUUUAACAAAGAUUUAUGUAAAAGAGAAGAUGAGGUUGUAAUAAGAUCUCAAUUGAGUCUAGUUUAAGCCGAUUAUGAAGUGUUAAAUUGAAUCAGAUUAUAAGUGAAAUCAAAUGAUGGGAUAAUUAAUGAUCGGAUAAAAUAUAGUCAACAUGGCGCAAAGGGGAGAUAGAGGGAGAAUA